CCUUCUCACUAAAACGUUUGAGCUGCAGUCAGCUGAAGGCAAAUGCUCCUGACUCUCUCAGUGCUUCCCUCUGCACUGCUCUCCCAUCUACAGCACACCUGAUCAGCUCCACUGGACAAACUCCAGCCAUGAGCACUGAGGAAGACCAGUAUGUGCUCUUCAUGGAAAUGUAUAACGAAAAUGCUUCAAUUGACCCAACCUACUUGAACACUGACGCUGUCAAGCUCUGUACGAAGGACGCUGUCAACCGUUUUGGAGCAAAUGUCAUCCCAGUUUUCUACUAUGUCAACUUCCUCCUGAGUUACCUCGGUAACGGGCUUGUCCUCUUCAUUAUCUACAAAUAUGAGAAGCUCAACACGGUGACAAACAUCUUCCUCCUGAAUCUCGUCCUCUCCAACAUUCUCUUUGCCACCAGUCUCCCCUUCUGGGCCACAUACCAUCUGUCUGAGUGGAUUUUUGGCAGCGCUCUGUGUAAGAUUGUCAGCAGCGCCUACUUCAUCGGCUUCUACAGCUCCAUCCUCUUCCUCACGCUCAUGACAUUUGACCGAUACCUUGCAGUGGUGCAUGCGGUGGCAGCUGCCAAGAGCAGGAAAAGGGCGUACGCCAUCAUCGCAUCGGUGGCGGUUUGGUGCAUCAGUGUUGUGGCGAGUGUGAAAGAGCUGGUUCUCCAAAACGUGUGGGAGAAUCCGUCCAGUGGACUGAUGUGUGAGGAGUCCGGGUAUAAUGAGAGCACCAUGGAGCGCUGGCGUCUGGUCAGUUAUUACCAACAAUUCCUGCUCUUCUUCCUCCUCCCUCUGUUCAUGGUAAUGUACUGCUACAUCAGCAUCACUGUCCGCAUCCUGUCCACCCGCAUGAGGGAGAAGUGCCGCGCCAUCAAGCUUAUAUUUGUCAUCAUCCUCACCUUCUUCGUCUGCUGGACGCCGUACAACAUCGUCAUCCUCCUCCAAGCUAUCCAGAUCUCCAGCCCCAGCCAGAGCAGUGACCAGUGUUCUGACUCAGACAGCUUGGACUAUGCCCUGUACAUGACCCGCAACAUAGCCUACAUGUAUUGUUGCAUCAGUCCUGUGUUUUAUACAUUUUUGGGGAAGAAGUUCCAGAGCCACUUCAGAAGGCUGCUGGCGAAGAAGAUCCCAUGUCUGAAGAGACACAUCAGCCUCAGCUCCCAGAGCACCAGAACCACUUCACAGAGGACGCCACAUUCUGCUUAUGAGUACUAGACAGAGACAUGCACAUGCACACACACACACACACACAUGCACACAAUGUAAGAAAUGAUACUCUUUGGUAUAAAUAACAGCAACAGGUUAUUAGUAUUUAGAAACAUAUAUUAUCAGCAUUUCCUGAAAAAAAUGAGAGUGUGCCGUUUUUUUUUUACUUCCUGUCAGACUCAUCUACACUGCAAAAGCUCCCAAUCAGGUCAUCGAGUGGAGAUGUUUGUCAGUUUCAUGUCCCCUUAACUUCUCGUGCUCAAAUUUCAAGCUUUUGUUAUACUGUGUGAAAGCAUAUAUUGUAUUUUAUGUUCAAAUUUGAAAAAAGGUUUCAUUAGAAAAUGUUGUUACACUUUGUAGCUAUAUACUGCGACUGUAUAUAACUACAAAGUGAAUCUGCUGUUGAUCAUGUGUAGAUAUACUGUGGACACGAUUAUGUCAUGUGAAGACAGGGUCACCAGACGUGCAGCGCUGGUAGUUCCCUGGGCCCCUGAGACCUGGUUUGUCUCUCUGCAGCCUAACAGUGUCUCUCCGUCCCAUUAAGUCCUUUUAUUUUUGAAAAACAGCUUCAGUGCCCUGCUUUGACAGGCAGAAACAGCAGGCAGCACUGCAGUUUUUAGUGAGCAUUACUUAAACUCCUGCCACCUAACAGGUUGUGUCCAAGAACUCUUAAUGGCACGUGACAGUUGUGGCAGACCCUCCGGCAGCAAAGUGAAAGAUAUAGACAAGAUUCUGUUGUUAAAUGUCCCUUUUCUUGAGGAACGUUAAGUAGCCCUAUCUUUCCACGUUCUGCUUGAUGAUUUCAUGCACCCGCUUCAGACCUGCUCUUGGUCUGGUUUUUCAUUCUUGUUGAAUUCAAUGUAUAUACAUAUAUAUAUAUAUGCAUAUAUAUAUAUAUAUGCAUAUAUAUAUAUAUAUAUAUAUGCAUAUAUAUAUAUAUGCAUAUAUAUAUAUAUAUAUAUGCAUAUAUAUAUAUAUAUGCAGAGAUGUAAUGUAUCUUGUCCCAUCUUGUCUAAGUGCUUUAAAAUGAAACGUGCCUUAACCUUCCAAUAAAUAUGACCAUUAAACUGUUCCCCUAUGAAA